AUGCCAGGCUUGAAGCAACAGGUUAACACAGAUCAUGGUGAUGCUGUUGAUGAUGACGUUGAUUUUGAUGUCGACAACAAUCAUGACAUCCCAGCAGAGCUUCUUGCGACCAUUGGAUGUCCCGGCCAUUCAUGUCCCAUCACCAAUCACUUUGCAAUUGCGAAGCUCCUCCAGUACAGGGAGGUGGGAACAGUCCCUGUGCCAUUGCACUUGUUCUCUGUCAGACACACAUCAUUUCAUCUCGCCUAUGCCCCAUCCAUCAGAAACAUUUCUGUUGACGAUGCUGCUCUCAAGUUUGGCCUUCCUGACCUACAACCAGCCAUCACUGACUUUCUCAGUCGUGAAGCUGCUCAUGGGCAGGAUUUUGUUCACACCAUUGGGGGGCUAGGAGAGCUAGACCUACUGCUCCACUUCCGUUCAAAAAGCUCCAAUAUCAUAUGGCCUGCCCAGACCCUGAAUUGUUCACCACCUUCUGACAUCUGGACCUAUGGCCGGUAUGAUCCAGUCAUCAUUAACAACGAUGUGAAAUGCGCAUGGCCCAUUAAUGGUCUUUAUGGCCACACUGUUGGUGAAAUAAGGCUUAUUAUGUGUCCUGUUGGCAAGGCUGGUACAAAUUGGUCGCAGAAGGACCAUUUCCUUACCUAUGUUUAUCGCUUUGACUUCAUUCCGCAAGGUAGAAGUGAUUGUGAGCUGAGUACGCAACUGCACAUACUCAAACGAGCAAUGUGUUCAAAUGAUACUCGGGUGGGUGACAUUGUACCAGUCAUGCAGCUUAGGGCACCUGUCAACCUUAUACCUUGUUUUGGUGCAAGUGCAGACCAUUGUCUCACCCCACAUAACAGUAUGGAACAUUCUUCAGAAUUCUGGCUUAAUAAAUACUGGGAUAAAAACACAUUCCUCCCACUUUCCAUGUACUAG